ACGUUGCAAUCACCAACACCGACUGCUGUCCCUCCCGCGCUCUCCACACAAAACGCUCUUCUUCUUCUUCUUCUUCUUCUUCUUCUUCUUCCUCUUGCUCCAAAAACACUCAUAACCACAGCCUCUCCACAGCAGCAGAAAGGAAGGACCCCUCUGAUCAGAUGGGCGUCUCCUGCCUCGCAACCGUUCCUUCCCUGCUCGCAGUCGUUCCCCUUCAACCUCGCCCCGAUGCCGGCGCUGCUCUCACAACCGGAUAUCACCUCCCACGCUCUAUGACCGCCGUGAUUCGGUGUAAGAUCGAGGAUGAUGUCAACCCCGGUGGGAUGAGCCGAAGAGACGUCGUGAAAUUCGCCGGUGCAACUCUCGGCAUUGAAUUAAUAGGAAGCUCGGGAUCAAUGGUUGAAACUGCCAGUGCUGCUGACUUGAUACAACGCCGUCAGCGGUCUGAAUUUCAAUCGCGCAUCAAGGGCACUCUUUUCACUGCUCUGAAGGCAAACCCAGAACUUGUCCCGUCAGUACUUACGUUGGCACUAAAUGAUGCUAUGACAUAUGACAAGGCUACUAAAUCUGGAGGUCCAAAUGGAUCGAUACGAUUCAGUUCAGAGAUAAGCAGACCCGAGAAUAAGGGUCUCUCAGCUGCUUUGAGUCUGCUGGAGGAAGCAAAGAAGGAGAUCGAUUCAUACUCCAAGGGUGGACCUAUCUUGUAUGCGGAUCUCAUCCAGUAUGCAGCACAAAGUGCAGUAAAGGCUACAUUCCUUGAUUCUGCCAUUCGCAAAUGUGGGGGGAAUGAAGAGAAAGGGAACUUGCUGUACACUGCUUAUGGUUCCAGUGGGCAGUGGGGCCUAUUCGACAAGCAGUUUGGGAGGUCGGACGCCGAGGCACCAGAUCCAGAAGGACGAGUUCCCCAAUGGGAUAAGGCUAGCAUUCAAGAAAUGAAAGAUAAAUUCUCAUCGAUAGGCUUCGGGCCUCGCCAGCUAGCGGUUAUGUCGGCAUUUCUAGGCCCCGAUCAGAAAGCCACCGAAGCAUUACUGGCCACUGAUCGAGAUGUUCUACCCUGGGUUGAGAAAUACCAACGAAGCCGAGAAACAGUGUCUCAGACAGAUUAUGAGGUUGAUCUGAUAACUACGCUCACAAAACUGAGUUCCCUGGGCCAAAAGAUCAAUUACGAAGCAUAUACAUAUCCAGUGCGGAAGGUCGAUCUGAGCAAGCUCAAGUUGUGAGAUUAAUCAAUUGGUAUUAUUACCUUGUACGUGGAAGCUCUUGAAUCUCUGAAAGGAGAGUCAUUGCAUUGUCCUUUGUGCUUUCCGGGAGUAAUAUAUUUAUAGCUACUCGCUUGAACUCGAGAAAAGCGUAAAUCAGAGAUGUCCUCAUUUUGUUCAUUA